UAGCAUUAACAACAUCCGGGAUAUCGAUAACGAAAUCAACCAAAAUGGCGACGCCAAACAAGGCGACAGAUACCCGAACAGAACUCGCUGAACUGAUAAAAAAACGAGCCGAAAUUGCGGACAGUUUAGCUAACCUUGAGCGACAGAUAUAUGCCUUUGAAGGCAGUUACCUUGAAGACACUCAGCUAUAUGGAAACAUCAUCAGAGGCUGGGACCGGCUGCUAACCAACAACUCUAUAAAGCAACCAUUAUCCAAGGGCAAAACAGUAACGAGGAAUACCAACACUAAAGUUGAGAGAAGAAAUAGAAAGUUCAAAGAUGCUGAACGUCUAUUUUCGAAGUCCUCCAUCACCUCACUAGCAGCAAUAGCUGCAAGUGGCUUGACGGACACUCAACCUGAGAAAAAAGAUCAGUCUCAGUCCGAUACUCAGAUAAAUCACAAUUCACACCACAAUCAUCAUCAGCAUCACUCUCACACAUCACACAUCGGCAAAGUUCAUAAAGCAUCUCAUAAGAAAAGAAAACACAAGCGACACAGGAUUGAACUGAGAGUUAAGAAGGCAGGACACAGAUCUAGGGAGCCCAGUAUAGACGGACAAGAGGAAGAACUUGAAAACUAAAAGUGGACCUAUGCCAUCAGAAUAUCGAUAACUGAGGUAGCUGCUAGUAUACUAGAGGUAGCUGUGUAUACAAGCCUGCUCAGAUCCAAAAUGCUAUUUGGCACAGUGAUGGAAAUCUCAUGUAAACUACUGUGAAAGCUCUUCAAACCUGGGGCCCAAAUAAAAUAAAUCUGCCAUCUCUUACUAUGCCUUUUUUCCCAACUAGACCAACUAUUUGAUAUCUGACGGAUGGAUAAAGAUAAUCACCCUAACAUUAUUGAACAAGCCAAUAACCCCCCCCC